AUGCCGAGUUGCUCAGAACAGAGCGGUGGCGGCGGUGGUGGUGGUGGUGGUGGUGGUGUAUUUGCUGUUGGUAAGGUUGAAAAAAAUGAUGAUGCUGACCAAAAGAUUGAACAAGAUGGCAUCAAACCUGAAGAUAAAGCUCAUAAGGCAGCCACCAAAAUUCAGGCCAGCUUCCGUGGACACAUAACAAGGAAAAAGCUCAAGGGGGAAAAGAAGGGAGAUGCCCGAGCUGCUGAGGCUGAUGCGAAUGAGAAGAAGGAAGAAGCUGCCGCCACCGCCGAUGCAGUGGAGAAAAAAGAGAGUGACGCCCCUGCAGCUACGGAAGCUGCCCCAGCUGCUGGUGCUAAGCCAGAAGAGGCCAGCAAAGCUGGGGAGACUCCUUCAGAGGAGAAGGAGGCCAGCGCCCAGGCUGCUGCUUCUGAGCAGCCGGCCUCCAAGGCCACUGCCCCAUCAGAGGAGAAGCCGGCCUCCGCUGAAACAGAAAGUGCCACUAAAGCUUCCACUGACAACUCGCCGUCCUCCAAGGCUGAAGAUGCCCCUGCCAAGGAGGAGUCUAAACAAGCCGACGUGCCUGCUGCUGUCCCCGCUGCUGCUGCCGCCACUCCUGCUGCAGAGGACGCUGCUGCCGCCAAGGCAGCAGCCCAGCCUCAAACCGAGGCAGCAGAAAGCAGCAAAACUGAAGAGAAGACAGAAGCUGUAGAAGAAACCAAACCUAUGGAAAGUGCCCAGCAGGAGGAGGAGAAAGGAGAUGAGAGCAAGGCGGACCAAGAACAUGCCUGAACCUUAAAGAAAUGACUCCCUGCCUCCCCUCCCUCCCUCCUCCUGACCCAUGUCUCUCUGCACCCUCUACCCUCCCCCCACUCCUGAGUCCCCCUUCCUAUCCUGCUCACAUCUGUGGGCCUGUCUUCUCCCCCUGCCCCCCACAACCCUCUUUCUCUCUGUGUGGCAAACAUUUAAAAAAAAAAGCAGGAAAGAUCCCAAGUCAAACAGUGUGGCUUAAACAUUUCUUUGUUUCUUGGUGUUGUUAUGGCGAGUUUUUUGGUAAUGAUGAUCCAAUCAUUUGGGAAAUUCUUGCACUGUAUCCAAGUUUUUUGAUCUGGUGCGUGUGGCCCUCUGGGAGUCCACACUCCCUCUCUCUCUGUUCCAAGUGUGUGUGCAAUGUUCCGUUCAUCUGAGGAGUUCAAACUAUCGAGUGAAUUCAAAAACGUUUUUCUUUUCUCCUUUUCAAUGUGAUGGAAUGAACUAAAAAGGAAAAAAAAUUAAAAACCCAGUUUGUUUUAAAAAAAAUAAAGCAAAUGUGCCAAUUAGCGUAACUUGCGGCUCCAAGGCUCCUUUUUCAAUCUGAAUAUUAAUAAAUGAUGAGAGUAAUCAUA